AUGGUAGACAAUGCAGUCACCACCAUCUCGACCAUAAUGACCUCUACAAUGGUCAAAGUCAUCCGCCAGGCAACAACUACCUCAUCGGUACCAUCCUCGUGGAUCUCAGAGCCCUACAACUCCGCGAUCAAUUUCUUCUCAUCGCUCUCAACCAUCGUCUACUUUUUCGUAGUCACCGUCCCCUCCGCCGUUGUCCUUAUUAUUGCAAUAUUGACGUGGAGAAAGAGGCGUCGAGAAGAGGCUGCUGAAAAGCUAGAGAAGAAGAUCGAAAAGGCUGAGACGCGAGCCUUCCGGUCUCUGCUUGUGCAGGAGGCGAGGCUGACGAGGGAGUGCUUGGGGAGGGUAGAAACGAAGAUCAAUGCAGGUGGGAUGGAGGAUGGAGUGAAGGAGGCCCUUAUCACUAUGGUGAAGGCAAUGAAGGAGGGAAGGAACGUGGAGGGAAAGAGGAAGAGGAGGAAAAAGGAGAGGAAGGAGAUGAGGGAGGGGUUUGAGAAGAUUGAGGUCAAGUUGGAUGGUUUCCUCGACCUCAUUCCCAAAGCUGAGAACAAGAAGAAGAAUCGGCCUCACCAAGGGCUGCUUCCUGAUUUCACGGGCAAGGACAACGCGCCUGCCUGGGGCAGUACGGCAACAACGGAGAUUGAGAGUCUUCUGGAUGCUGGUGAUUUGGUGGAGGGAAAGGAGGAUGAGGACUAUGAGGCGGACAAGGAGGAAUCGGUCUAUGGCGAUGACGCUAGCUCUACUGUCUCCGCCACCUCUACUCCCGAUACUCCUUGGGAAUGGGGGCAAGGGGAAUGGGAGCAACCACAGAGCCUGCCUUUAUUGGAGGGAAGCACGUGGGACUGGAACGCGGUGUGGUAG